GAAUAAUUUUCACCAGACUUAAAUACCUCUGUUUGGGGAGACUUUGGUUGACUAACUAUGACUACAGUGCCCUCCAUAAUUAUUGGCACCCCUGAAAAAGAUGUGUUUUUUAGCUUCUACUAUUUUUUUUUAAUUCAAAUAAUAUGGGACCUUAAUGGAAAAAAAGAGAAAAAUCCAACCUUCAAUACAAGUGCAUUCAUUCAGUGGGGAAAAAAUCCCACAUAAAGAAAUAAUUAUUUGACAUCAAAUAAUGUGUGUCACAAUUAAUAGCACCCCUGGUGUUAAUACUUUGUACAACCCCCUUUUGCCAACAAAACAAGGUCUGGGGACUGAGAUGGCCAUGGGAGGAGCUUGAUUUUGUGUCUGGUGAAGCAUUUCUGUGUAGAUUUGGCCAUAUGUUUGGGGUCAUUGUCUUGCUGAAAGACCCAGUGACGACCCAUCUUCAGCUUUCGGGCAGAGGGCAACAGAUUUUGAUUUAAAAUGUCCUGGUAUUUCAAAGCAUUCAUGAUGCCAUGCACCCUAACAAGGUUCCCAGGGCCUUUGGAAGCAAAACAGCCCCACAGCAUCACUGACCCACCCCCAUACUUCACAGUGGGUAUGAGGUGCUUUUCGGCAUGCACAUCUUUCGUGGCACCCCAGACCCACUUAGAGUGUUUGUUGCCAAAAAGCUCAAUCUUAGUCUCACACAAAAAUACAAUAUGUGCUUUGGUCAGAUGAGUGUAUGGCCGGUGAGUGUAUAUAUGGCAGAAAACACUCAGGUGACUUGAAGUUCUGCUCUGAGACCCCCAAUUUAGCCAACUUUCAAAAUUGUCGGAUAUGCAUCUGUGACACAUCAUUGGAAAGGUUAAAAUCUCAAUUUUCUGGGGGAACAAAAAAUAUGAACAGGAAGGCAUUUAAAAAAAAAGAAAAAUUUAAACAGCAAAACCCUAAUUGGAGGCGAGAGAACGCGAGAGCAGAAUUAAAGACGCCGCGAUUUUAACGAGAUAUAAUCGCAUACUUAAGAGUUUAAAAUAUGCGAGUGAAUACUUUUUCAGUCUUUUUUUUUUUUUUUUUUUAACUAAAAUUUAGACAUCAAUUAAUGAUUCUAAGCUAAAAAUGACAUUUUGAAGAAUAUAUAUAAUUACCUCCUUUUUAUGGCUAGGUUGAAACAAAAGCAGUUGCGCGACGUCUGUAAACAUGGGUUUUUAGGGUAAAAUGGACAAAUUAAAAAUAGUUCGGGGGCUUAAUGCACCACGAAUCUGCUACGGCAGCAUAUAGACAUAUUGUUCUAUCAAACACAACAAUUGUUUUGGCUUGAAAUACAGCAGUUUCUUUUAAAGAGGCGUGCAAGAGCAGAAACUGCUUUUUCAGUCUUGUCUGUGUUUUCCGCCGUAUAUAAACUCUUGGGUUGGGUGAGGGGAGGGUCAAACAAAAGGUAAGAUGAUACGAUGCUAGCCACUUGGCCGGUUGUUUGGAGGGGCCUGCAGAAAAAUUACCCACCCACACACACAGGACGAUCGCUAAUUGUCCACUAGCACUCAAAAGUUGCACGAUCCACUCGGGGGUCCAAUUUAUGCUCAUCGCACUUCCGCCACUGGUUACAUAUGGAGGACGCGUAUGUUGAUGUUGAAAAUUUGGGUAAAAUCCAAGAGGAAUGUCUGAAGAAGUUUUCCAGCAGGGAUUACAUCAUGGAGCCCGCCAUCUUCAACACCCUCAAAAUGUAUUUUCAGGCAGGAGGGUCUCCAGAACACGUCAUCCAGCUUCUGUCGGAAAACUACUCUGCCGUGGCUCAGACGGUUAACCUGCUGGCCGAGUGGCUCAUUCAAAUGGGAGUGGAACCUGCACAAGUACAGGAACGAGUUGAGAAUCACCUCAAGAGUUUGCUGAUAAAGCACUUCGACCCCCAGAAAGCGGACUCCAUUUUCACUGUCGAAGGAGAGACUCCCGCUUGGCUGGAACAGAUGAUCGCUCACACGACUUGGCGUGAUCUGUUCUACAAGCUGGCCGAGGCCCAUCCUGACUGUCUGAUGCUCAACUUCACAGUCAAGCUGAUUUCAGAUGCAGGCUACCAGGGCGAGAUCACUAGCGUGUCAACGGCGUGUCAGCAGUUAGAGGUUUUCUCUCGGGUGUUGAGGACAUCUUUAGCCACGCUGCUGGAUGGAGGGGAGGAAAACUUGGAGAAGAACCUCCCAGAAUUUGCUAAAAUGGUGUGUCACGGUGAGCACACUUACCUCUUCGCUCAGGCAAUGAUGUCCAUCCUGGCGCAGGAGGAGCAAGGCGGCUCAGCUGUGCGCCGGAUUGGUCAGGAGGUGCAGAAAUCGGCCCACAAGAGGGGCCACGAUGCCAGUCAGAUCACGCUGGCGCUAGGUACAGCUGCAGCCUACCCUCGGGCCUGCCAGGCACUUGGUGCCAUGUUGUCCAAGGGGGCCCUGAAUCCUGCUGAUAUCACUGUGCUGUUUAAGAUGUUCAGCAGCAUGGACCCACCUCCCGUGGAGCUGAUCAGAGUACCUGCUUUUCUGGACCUCUUCAUGCAGUCACUAUUUAAGCCCGGCUCCAAGAUCAACCAAGACCACAAGCACAAAUACAUCCACAUCCUGGCCUACGCUGCCAGCGUAGUUGAGACAUGGAAAAAGAACAAGCGAGUCAACAUCAACAAGGACGAGCUAAAAUCAUCCUCCAAGGCUAUUGAGACGGUGCACAACCUUUGCUGCAACGAGAACAAAGGCGCCACAGAGUUAGUGGCCGAGCUCGGCACCCUCUAUCAGUGCAUACGGUUCCCAGUGGUCGCCAUGGGGGUUUUGAAAUGGGUGGACUGGACGGUGUCCGAGCCACGCUACUUUCAGCUGCAGACCGAUCACACGCCGGUGCACUUAGCCUUACUGGACGAGAUCUGCACGUGUCACCAGCUGUUGCAUCCUCAGGUCCUCCAACUCCUCAUUAAACUCUUUGAGACAGAACACUCGCAGUUGGAUGUCAUGGAGCAGAUGGAGCUCAAGAAGACUCUCCUGGACCGAAUGGUUCACCUGCUGAGUCGUGGUUACGUCCUGCCCGUGGUCAGCUACAUUCGCAAGUGUCUGGAGAAACUCAACACUGACAUCUCCCUCAUUCGCUAUUUUGUCACUGAGGUCCUGGACGUGAUCGCGCCUCCGUACACGUCCGACUUCGUUCAGCUCUUUCUGCCCAUCCUGGAGAACGACAGCAUCGCGGGAACAAUCCGGACAGAAGGAGAACACGACCCAGUCGCUGAGUUUAUCGCUCAUUGCAAGUCAAAUUUCAUCAUGAUUAAUUGAGGACUUUUUGCACCAUCUGAUGGAAGCACAUUUUUUGGACUGACAGGUCCGAUGACGCGCCAUUGAGAUCCAUUUUUUGAUCCCACUGUCAACGGAACUGGUCGAGAUGCACAUUUUUGUAAAUUUUGUUUUCCACAUUCUAGCUUUAUCUCAGCAUCAGUUUUGAAGCGGUGUUAUUAUGUGAAAAAAGGCUCAAGUUAAAUCCCAACCUUUUUAUAGUGUAAGGCACACUUUAGUCAGCUGUGUAGGACUCAUGUAGCAGCAUGCAUUUCCAAAUGUUUUCUAAUUUGAAGGUGUAAAUUAUUUUUAAAAAAAUAUUUUCUAUUCAGCAUGUAUGAUUUUUUUGCAAUACAAUGUAAAUCACUGUCAGAUCUCAUCCUGAUUCAUUUGUUAACACUU